AUGUAUGUAAUUGAAUUUCAAAAAAGAGGUCUACCUCAUGUUCAUUUUCUCCUAAUAUUUAAAACGAAUUUUAAGAUUACUAAUUCUACGCAAGUUGACGAAAUUGUUUCUUUUGAAAUACCAGAUCCAAAGAGAAAUCCUCACAUGCAUGCUACUGUGAUCAAACAUAUGUUGCAUGGUCCUUGUGGACAAUUAAAUCCUACAAAUGUGUGCAUGGAAAAUAACCAUACUUGUAAAAACAAGUAUCCAAGAGAAUACAUUUUGCAUACUUCAUUAGGUAGUAAUUCAUAUCCACUUUAUAGGCGUCGUGACGAUAGUGUUACUGUUGAGGUCAGAGGGUCUGUACUAGACAAUAAAUGGGUUGUACCAUAUAAUCCUUAUAUUUUAGCUAAGUAUGAUUGUCACAUUAAUGUUGAAAUAUGUUCUUCUGUAGUCAAAUAUUUAUACAAAUAUGUAUACAAAAGACAUGAUCGUGUUAACUUUACGGUGAAUAAAGAAACUAAUGAGUAUUAUGUUGAUGAGAUUUCGAAUUAUCAAAUUGCUAGAUGGAUAUCUACACCGGAAGCUAUAUGGAGAAUUUUUAGUUUUGAUUUAUUCGACAUAUCUCCUUCUAUAGUUUCUUUGCAGUUACAUAUUGAAGAUGCUCAGUUGGUUACAUAUAAUGAAACAAAUGAUUUAUCAGAAAUUUUCCUACAUACUUUGUAUGGAAUACAUAUUCGAGUUUGGAGUCCUAGAAAGAAGCAAAAUGUUAUUGGUAGAAUAGUUGUUGCUAAUCUAUUUGAGGGCGAGAGAUACUUUCUAAGAGUUUUAUUGAAUCAUGUUAAAGGGCCUAAGUCUUUUCAAGAUUUAAGAACAGCUAAUAACAUUAUUAUACUUAUUUAUCGCGAAGCUGUAUUUUUACAUGGUCUAAUAGGUGGGAAUAAUUAUUGUGAAAUAUGUUUAAAUGAGGCGAUCACCUAUGAAAUGCCUAUAUCAUUGCAUCGCGUCUUUGCUAAUGUGUUAAUUUUUUGUAGCCCUGCAAAUCCUAGAGAUUUAUGGGUUAAAUUUAAAGUGUACAUGAUAGAAGAUUUUUUACAUGCAAGCAUGACAGUAUGUGAUGCCGAUAUUAGGGUUUUGAGAUGGAUAAAUUCAUUCUUGAAAGUUUUUGGUAUAAACAUAAAUGAUUUUGGUCUGGUAGAUUUUGACGUAAUUGUGAAUGAUGCUGAUGUGUUAGCAGACAUGAUUUUAGAAGAGACUACAAAUAUUAAUGCAUUACUUGCUGCAGUACGAUAUCGACAACUUAUUACAUUAACAACAGUGUCAUCGGGAGUGGCUGUUUCUUUAUUGCCGGCUGGGCGAACUGGUCAUUCACGUUUUAAAAUCCCAUUUCAAGUAAGUUCUGAUAUGCGAUAUUCAGUAAGUAAACAAUCAUCACUUGGUCAACUUUUACAAAUGACAAAGUUAAUUGUGUGGGAUGAAGCACCGAUGAUUAAUAGAUGUGCUUUUGAAGUUUUGGAUAAAAUAUUAAAAGAUAUUACUGAAUGUGAAUUGCCAUUUGGUGGAAAGGUUGUUGUGUUCGGAGGAGAUUUUCGACAAGUGUUGCCAGUAGUACAAAGAGGAACAAAAGAUGAUAUCAUGAAGGCCAGUUUAGUUUUUUUUCAGAUUUAUAACAAUAUUUUAUACAACUACCAUUGA